AUGAUUAGCCACCAGGAAAUGCAAAUCAAAGCCAAAAUGAACUACUACUUCACUGCCACCAGGAUGGCUAUAUCAAAAAGGCAAGUAACAGGUGUUGGUACUUGGAGAUCUGUAGGGAGAACACCAGGACACCCUAGAAGCUGGAAAGUGAGUCUGUUGACUUUCAGGGAUGUGGCUGUAUUCUCUCCAGAGGAGUGGGGAUGCCUGGACCCUGCACAGCAGAAUUUGUAUAGGGAUGUGAUGUUAGAGAACUACAGAAACCUGGCCUCCCUGAGUUUUGCUAUAUCUAAGCCAGACAUGAUCACCUGCCUGGAGCAAAGGAAAGAGCCCUGGAAUGUGAAGAGACAGGAGACAGGAGCCAAACACCCAGUUAUGUCUUUAGAGACAGGGUUUCACCAUGUUGGCCAGGCUGGUCUCGAAUGCCUGACCUCAGGUGAUCCACCCACCUCGGCCUCUCAAAGUGCUGGGAUUACAGGCAUGAGCCAACCGUGCCCAGUCUACUGCUAUCCUUUCAUAAUGUGUUCUAAAAUUUUAUUUACUUUUUUUGGCCAGGCAUAGUGGCUCACACUUCUAAUCCCAACACUUUGAGAGGCCAAGGCGAGGGGAAUGCUUGAGCCCA